AUGUACUGGUGGGGCAGUGGGCACACUGUCCUUCUUAUCGGUGUCUACGUCAAUGAUUUGAUCAUCACCGGCACUGGAGAUGAAGAGGUGGAGGCUUUCAAGGCACAAAUGAAGCAGACCUUCGACAUGAGUGAUCUUGGCCUCCUCAACUUCUAUCUGGGUGUUGAAGUGCACCAGGACACCACCGGGAUCUCACUUCAGCAAACCCACUACGCCAAGAGAAUCCUAGAGCUUGCGGUCGAUCCCAUGCACUAUCGGUGUCUCAUUGGAAGCCUGCGCUACCUGGUGCGCACCCGCCCUGAGCUGGCAUUCAUAGUCGGCUAUGUCAGUCGAUUCAUGGAGCGGCCCACGGUGGAACAUCAAGCUGCAGUCAAGCGUAUCUUGCACUACAUCACCGACACGCUCAACUUUAGCCUACACUUCACCAAGGCCCCUAGGAGCGCCCGCUUCAUUGGCUACACCGACAGUGACCUCGCCGACGACGUUGACACAAGCAAGAGCAUGAGUGGAGUACUCUUCUUCCUCGGCAACUACUUGGUCAGCUGGCACUCCAUCAAGCAGAAGGUGGUGGCACUCUCCAGCUGUGAAGCUGAGUACAUCGCUGCCUCCACUGCUGCUACUCAAGCCCUAUGGCUGUCAAGGCUGCUAGCUGAGCUCCUUGAUAGGAAUGUCGAGGUGGUGGAACUGAAGAUGGACAAUAAGUCUACACCAUUGGGGAAGCUGUGUCUUUUGCACUGGUUGAUAGCGAACCUCCCUUUAUUCCACCUGAUGAGUGUUAGCAUCCCUGCAGAAAAUAAAUUCAUCGGGCACCUGUGCAUUUGCCAUCUCUUCAAGCUCCUCUUGGUUCCUUGGAAAAUGCCUGACACAUUCACCAAGCCUGUCAUGCACGCUGAGCAUGCCCCCCAGUCGAUCGUGAACUGA